AUGCUCGCCACUCGGCGGUCGCUCCCAGGACAAGCAGCCGCGCCGUCGCCAUCCACCAAGCAGAAGUCCGACUCCAAGGAGAAGACAGACGCCAUACACGAGACAGUCACCUACCCACGCGUCCUAGGAAUACGGGACGCAGACCCAUGCAACAACGCAUCCAUGUCCUACGAGCAUCUCCUCCAAUGCGGUCACCUCAUCACCACACCCAUGCCCGACGAGCGAUGCGCACCCAAUUGCUACUGCAUCAAGCACGGAUGGCACGAGAUCAACGGCGACGAGAAGAAGAAGGCGAAGAUGCUGCUGUUCUAUUGCGACGCGUGUGUAGAGGAGAAGAACGAAAAGCUCGUGGCUGAGAACCUGCGUCUCACCCUGCGCGAAAAGGAAGCCACGAAGCGCGAGAAGCAGACUAAGUUUCGCAAGUGCUAUAUCGCACUCAAGAUCACCUCGGUGCCUUGCCACACCGACGGCGCACUACGCAAGAGUUAUACGCCGCGCAAAGAGCAUCAUCCCUUCGAUAUUUCGAUCCCUCGAGUAGGCGACAACUUCUUCGAAGAUAUGCUGGUGAACCCGGUGAAGGAACCGAAGGCGCCUCACAUCACUACCGCGACCGCGCCCAGAGAAGCAAACCGCCCUGUCGUCGGCAGUAGCCCAGCCAACCUCGGCGAAGCCGGCGAGAACUACCUGCGAUACACAGCAGCGCAAUCUGCAGCACCCAAGGCACCCAAAGCCAAGCCGAGCGCCUCCAACGCUAAGAAGACCGCGUCGCUGUCUGCUCCCCGCGAGGCCGCUGCAGCAUCACCGGUAGUACCAAGCUCUGAUGUCGCGCAGAAGAUAUCUCCAAAGCAGUCACGCAAGAGGCCCAUCGUCAUCGACGACGAUGAGGAUUACGUGGACGCGCCGGAGAAAGAAACAGAGGUUGUCAAGAGGUCCAGGAAGCGACAAAAGGCUACUUCGUUGCCGUUGCCGCUGCCAGCUACCCCGAAGAGGAAGCCAGGGCGUCCUAAGGGAAGUGGCCGCAAGAAGGUGUGA